AUGUCAAUAGUCUCACACUUGGAUGAAGAGGUCGAAUAUAUUUGGGUGAGUGGUAUGAGGAGUGGACAGUUAUCGCAGGUCUUCCCCAUUUUCAGCAACAAAAAGGCUUCUAGUCAAAUUGAAGGACAGACGAAAUACCUCGGUUCCGUCUUCUUGAUGUAUGUCUCAAACUUCACGGACAAACGCCCUGUUGACAAUGACACUGCAGCUUGGCCUCCUUAUUCUCAUGAUGCGAGUUUACGCAAUGUUUGGAGGGCCAAGGAAAAUGCUACUGUCAUUCGUUGCGCUGACACUACUUCUCUUCGGAUGCAACAUCCUACAACUGGCAUUCAAUCUCGGUACGAAAUCCCAUUAGUUAUUAUGCACUGGAAUCUAAAACCGUUUCAUUAUAAUGGCACUAAAGAGUCCUUGGAUAAGGGUGAAAUACGACCUUUCACUCAUGAUAUCGGUGUGCACAAUACCGGAUGCCUAAGUGCGCCUUUUAUGUCUGGCAUCUCAUGGGCAGCUGUUUCUUCCGUCGAGCUACUUCUCUUUGUUCUUGUUCUCUGGAAGACUAUACAAGUGAAGGGGUUAAAGUUUCCGACGUGGAUUUCCAGGUCAACGAAUGGGCCACGAACGACGCAGGACAUUGCCACAUUAAUGGCAAGGGACUCCGUUGUAUAUUUCGCCGUGAUAUUUUCUGUUGCUCUUCUUGGCUCCGUCUUGACGUUUCUCAGCGAACGUUCCGAUAGCAGAGGUUUCUUGCUAGUAUUUUUCCGUGACUCGAACGCAUACCAAACAAUUGUGAUAACAAUCAUGACAAUUCUCGCUCCGAAAAUGCUUAUCAACAUUCGUGCGGAAUACUACGGUCCAGUCGGGAUAAUUGCAACUGAGAUUUCUUGGGACCAAAUUUCAGAACAUCCUCGUCCACAGAUUACCAACGAUGUUGAGAAAUUAACGCGCUAUUAA